UUCCAUCCUUGACUGUUGUGGUAACCUCCUCUGUCUGUGUGUGUCCUUGGUCUCCAGCUGGACCUGAAGGAUGUGGAGAGGAAGAUAGCCCAGCAAGCUGCCAAGCUGCAGGGAGUGGACCUGAGCCGCACCAUUCAGCAGGUCAACCAGGAGAAACAGGAGACCCAGCACCGACUGGACACAACGUCCAGCAAGAUGGAGCUGAAGGGUAAACUGAUCCAGGACCAGCAGGAGCAGAUCCAGAGCCUGAAGAGCAGCUUGAACGAGACCCGGGCGGAGAAACUGCAGAUCUCCAGUAACAUGCAGAAGCAGCAGCAGCUGGAGGAGCAGUGUGUGGAGUUCACCACUGAGAUUCAGGCUCUGCACAGAGAGAUCAAGGAAGCUAAGGAGCAGGUGUCCCCUCUGGCCACCACCCUGGAGAAGCUGCAGCAGGAGAGGCUGGAUUUGAUGGAGCGCAGGAAGCAGAGGCAGGAGGAGGGACAAGAGAAGGCAGCCAGUGCCCUCACAGGGCACAGCAUGCCGGAGGGAGGCCCAGACUCCACUGCCGGGGGUCGUAAGCAGAAAGGAUAA